UAGAAUGUAAAUUAAAAUAAUAUUUAGGAAUUUAUAUUAUAUAUAUAUUAAAUUGACUGAUUCUGUCAUCUUGCAGUCUAUAUCUCUUGUGUUUAAGCUGAUUUAUUUAUAUGCAUGAACUUAAUGUGUGAAAGUGUAUUGUGAUACAAUUUAAUGCCGGAUUCUAGCUCUCUAUAAUAUUUGCAAUCUGAAUAUAACUUGUUUGAAUACAACUAUUUCCUAUUGUUACAAAAGUAUAUAGUAUACUAAAGUUGCAGCGUAACAAACACGAUAAUGCGAUUUUCAACUUAAUAGAAACACUAACAAAUACAUAUUCAAAAUGCGAGUGAACAUUAAGAAAUUACUGAUUAUCGGUAUUGGAUUGGUGUUGAUAUGGUUUAUUGUGUCAUAUUCGUCAGUAAUAGAGUUAUCAAAGUCAAUACCCAACGACCACAAUCUGUUAGAAAUAGAAAAUAGGAUAGAACAUUUAGAAAAACGUAUUGAAGGUCGGCUCAGUGAAAGCAAUAGUUUAUUAGAAAAAGUGAAGAAACAUUUGAAGAGGACAGAGGAAAACUAUCAUGGAGAUGCCAAAGAUAGCGGCUAUGAUCGAAAUUUUAUGCCAAAUACCGCUAAUGUAGUUCUGCCCGUUUUGCUCAUAGCGUGUGACAGGGUGACAGUGAGACGAUGUUUGGACAACUUGGUCAAGUUUAGACCAGAUAAAAAUACAUUCCCAAUUAUAGUAAGUCAGGAUUGCGGCCACAAUGCAACCUACCAAGUGAUAAAGAGCUUCACGGAUACAGACCCCAGCAUCACUGUGGUCCAGCAGCCAGACACUUCAGAGAUACCGCUCCCCCGCGCCAAGGUCAAGUUCCGGGGGUACUACAAAAUAGCGCGACAUUACAAAUUCGCUCUGAACCACGUCUUCAACACGCUGGGGCAUGAAGCUGUUAUUAUUGUCGAAGAUGACUUGGACAUAUCUCAAGAUUUCUUCGAGUACUUUCGAGGCACGUAUUCACUGCUGCUGAAGGAUUCAAGUCUGUGGUGCAUAUCGGCAUGGAACGACAACGGCAAGAAGGAAGUCAUAGACAUGUCCCGGCCGGAGCUGCUGCACAGGACCGACUUCUUCCCGGGCCUGGGCUGGACGCUGCGGAGAGACACUUGGUUAGAGCUGGAGCCGCGGUGGCCUGAAGCAUUCUUCGAUGACUGGCUACGUAAUCCAGAGAACACGCACGGCAGAGCAUGCAUACGUCCAGAAAUAUCUAGAACUUUCACAUUCGGAAAGAUAGGCGUGAGUAAGGGCCUCUUCUACGAUAUGCACCUGCGAGCGAUGCAACUGAACGUGGACUAUGUAGAGUUCACUAAGAUGAACCUCACUUACUUACUCAAGGAAAACUACGACGAAUCUCUAACAUCGACGGUGUACGCGCUGCCGGAGUGGACCGCGGACGAGGUCGUGUCGCUACCCGUGGGGGGCGACCCCCCCGCGGUCAGGGUCAGCUACUCCAAUGCCAAGACUUACCAGAAAGCGGCCAAGAAGCUUGGACUUAUGGACGACUUUCGGAGUGGCGUCCCUCGGACGGCGUACCGCGGCGUGGUGUCGUGCUUCGUGCGGGGGCGGCGCGUGUGGGUGGCCCCGCGGGACCCCUGGCGCGGGUACGACCCCAGCUGGGGCUAG